CUUCGUGAUCCGUGUACAUGACGUCAUGAGCUGGGCAAAAGCGACCCAUCGGAAGCAGCCAUAAAAGCGCGCAAGACGAGAGAUUCCGCACUAUAUCCCACCCGGCCGCCGUCCAGAUAGUACACCAACACGAGGAUGAGCUUCAAAGCAGAAGGAGUGCUCUUCUCCUGCCUCUUGGGACUACUGGUUACAGUCAGGGUUACCGGUGAGCCGACUGUAGCCCAAGACUCUCAACUCUUACUCCAGUCACCGGUGAUACUGCAAUUAAAAAGUGUCGCAUGCGCAAAGGAGACAUCGAUCGUGGAGUGCAGCGCCUUGUUUGACGAGUGUCUGUUGUUGCUCUUAGAAAAUUCGAACGCCGAAGAAGACGAGGAGAAAUGCGACCAGCCAGACUGCUACUGGAAGAGCCAGAAGUGCGUGGUCCUGCUCGAGCCCCACUUGGAGAUCCUGAAACGGAUUACGAAAGAUGGACAGAUCGCCGAUCCUUCCUACUACGGCGACCUCGCCGAGGUUCCCGACAUCAGGUUAGGAGUGUAUAGGAAUCGCGCCGUCGUUAAAAGAUCCUCGCAGGACGAGGAUUCUCCGGAAUCUUCGAAAGAGGAAUUCAAACGGGUUCCCCACCGGUUUGGAAAAUUCAAACGUGUCCAGGAAUCUUUGCAUGGUGAAUUCGGCGUCGGGGAAAGAAUUGGAGCAAGAAUUUGUGCCAGCAAGGAUGUAGAGAACUGCACUGGGGAAGUAGCCAAAUGCUACAACCUGAUUGGGCCAGAAUCCUCCAACUUCGGAUCACUGGAGACAGAGGAGGAGCAAGAAUGCUACCUGUGGAUUCAAACCCUUGUUCAAGGAGACGAAGCGAAAUCAGGGCCAGUUUGCGACAGUGAAGAAUGUGAGACGUGCACAACUCUCCUCCAGGGGAACAAAAGACUGAAGAGAGCCGAGAUUGUUUGCAUAUUCCAGGUCACAGAUAACGUAAGCAUGAAGGAAUGCAUGAUUUUGCCGGUGAGGAAGCAUCUGUUGACCGCUUUGCCAGGAUACUUAGGCCAACUCCUCUCUCAGAAGCUGCCUGUAUGCUAUGAUUCCAACACCUACGAGGGAAUCUUUCCAUGCUUGGCUAAAUAUUGCGCAGAAAGCUAUUACUACAAAAGGGUUAUGUAAAUACAAGCAAGAAUUAUAUAUCACAAUAUACCUAUAACAUCGCAAGGAGAUACAUUUUUGAGCAUAUGGAGGUAAAAUAGAAGAAGAAGAAGAAGAAGAAGAAGAAGAAGAAGAAGAAGAAGAAGAAGAAGAAGAAGUAGGAAGAAGAAACGCAGACACAAAAGGAGGAAUUGAAUCGUUGAUCAAAUCACAUCUCGUUCUGUUGACGUCCUGUUUUCUUUGAAUGGCUUUGUUGAAAAGUAAAAAUAAAAUUCUGUAGUCCAUUU